ACCCUAAGAGGGCAUAUCCCUAAUAAGCGACGGAUUGAGAGCGAGAGAGCGAGAGAGCGAGAGAGAGCAGUGACAGAGGAAGAAGAUGGUCUCAGGGUCAGGGAUCUGCGCUCGAAGAGUGGUGGUGGAUGCUCGCCACCACAUGCUUGGCCGCCUCGCGUCGAUACUCGCGAAGGAGCUUCUCAAUGGCCAGAAGGUAGUCGUCGUCCGCUGCGAGGAGAUCUGCCUUUCGGGUGGUCUCGUUCGUCAGAAGAUGAAGUAUCUUCGUUUCCUCAGGAAGAGGAUGAACACGAAGCCCUCCCAUGGCCCUAUUCAUUUCCGUGCUCCUUCUAAGAUUCUCUGGAGGACCAUUCGAGGGAUGAUUCCUCACAAGACCAAGCGUGGAGCUGCGGCGCUUGCUCGUUUGAAGGCUUAUGAGGGUGUUCCUCCUCCUUAUGAUAAGAUGAAGAGGAUGGUUAUCCCCGACGCUCUUAAGGUCUUGAGGCUUCAACCCGGACAUAAGUAUUGUUUAAUGGGACGCCUCUCCUCUGAGGUUGGAUGGAACCAUUAUGACACUAUCAAGGAGCUCGAGAAGAAGAGAAAGGAGAGGGCUCAAGUUGCAUACGAUAGGAGGAAGCAGUUGACCAAAUUGAGAGUCAAGGCAGAGAAGGCAGCUGAGGAGAAGCUUGGUGUCCAAUUAGACGUUCUUGUUCCCGUUAAAUAUUAAGUGUUUUAAGAUUUAGUUGUUUUUCAAAUGAGAAUUUUGCAGAGAAUUGUUUUGUUAUUGAAUUUAACUUGAGUUUUGGCACUAUCUUUGGGAAGAAUGGCAUAAUGUUCUGAUGCUUUUUGGUAUUUUAAGUAGCAUUGUAAAACUUUUGGAUUCACUUGUCUUUUACCUGAA